ACGAAUAUGACUACAUGCAUGACAUUCACUUGACUUUGUACAGUUUGAUCUUUUUCUCUAACCUUCUUAUCAUUUUCAUUUCUCUUUUGCUUUGAAGGUAAUGGUCAGGAGAAUCAAGAUUCCUGGAAACUGUUCCAAGUGAUCAAAGCUAAAGAUGGAAUGGAGAAGUUUGGAAUUCGAACAGAAUUUGAAAGCCAUGAGAAAAACCAGUCAAAUAAUUGGAGUCAGGAAAGCUCAUCUUCCACUUAUUCUCCGAUGCAAGAGAAACCAUGUGAUUUUGUUACAACUCAAAAAGUGAUUGACACAAAAGAGAAGCCAUAUAAAUGUUUGGAAUGUGGAAAAGGUUUUAGAAGCAGCGGGGAUCUUACUUGCCAAAAAAGGAUUCACACUGGGGAAAAGCGAUAUAAA